AUGGAGACUCCAAACCUCCCCGAAAUCCACGACUACCUCAUCGAACUGGCCUUCAAAGCUGGCGACAUAAUCAACAAUGCCCUCCCAGAAACCAGCGGUACAGGAGCCAAAAAGAACAGCGCGGACCUCGUAACAGAAUACGACCGCGCGGUCGAAACCAUGAUCUCAACCUCCCUCCAAACAAAAUACCCAAACUACAGCUUCCACGGCGAAGAAACCUACGACCCAAGCAAACCCCUCACAGACGCACCAACCUUCAUCGUAGACCCAAUAGACGGCACAAUCAAUUUCAUUCACAGCUUCCCAUUUGCCUGCGUGUCUCUCGGUUUCGCUGUGAACCGGAUCCCCGUCGUGGGCGUUGUGUACAAUCCCUCUACGAAGACGCUCUACUCAGCCAUCAAGGGCCAAGGCGCGUUCGUGAACCGGACGACUCAAUUGCCGCUGCGGGGGAGUAAUGUUGAGCCGUUGACUGGACUGUCGAAUGCGCUUGUGGCUAUUGAAUGGGGGUCUGAUCGGAGUGGGGGCAAUUUCGAUACAAAGGUCAAGACGUUUGAGAAGCUUGCAAGGUCGAGGGAUGAUGGUGGUGCGAUGGUUAGGUCGUUUAGGAGUUUGGGGUCUGCGGCCUUGAAUCUUUGUGCUGUUGCUGAGGGGACGGUUGAUUUGUAUUGGGAGGGUGGGUGUUGGGCUUGGGAUGUUUGUGCUGGUUGGGUGAUUUUGAGUGAGGCGGGUGGGAGGAUGGUUGGUGGGAAUAAGGGGGAGUGGGAGGCUACGUUGGAUGGGAGGAAGUACCUUGCUGUGAGGGGUUCGCCUGGUGGUGUUGGGCAGGAGGAGAUUGUGAAGGAGUUUUGGGGGUAUAUUCAGGGUGAGAUGGUUUAUUGA